ACCCUCUUCUAUAUAAUAUAAACUCAAGGGUGGUUGCACUUUCUUUCUCUUCAAAAAAUAAACUCAUUAUAACCAUUGAUGCCCAAGGAGACUUGGAAAACACAAAUUUUCUCACACAUUUUCUCCUUGGAUGUGCCAUGGCCAUCACCGACUGGGCCACUUUCCGACGCUCAGCAGCCGUCGCUGCGUUAGUUGCGCAUUUGUUUGGUGUGGUCGCAGUCAUUCUCAUGCUCGUAUGGGUGUUUCAUUUCCGUGGGGGCGUCGAUCUUAAUUCCGACAACGAACAACAUAUUUUCAAUGUGCACCCGUUUCUUGUACAUAUUGGGUUUACUAUCGUCGCGGGAGAAGCGAUCAUGGCCUACAAGAUCAUUCCAUUAAAGCAUCCUCUGCAAAAGCUGGCCCACAUGGCUAUUACUCUGAUCGCCUUCGUCAUGGGAAUCGUUGGGAUCUACGCCGUAUUUAAAUAUCACCAUGAUAUCCACGUGCUACAAAUGUACAGCUUACAUUCGUGGACAGGCAUGGGCACCAUCUGCUUAUUUGGCUUCCAGUGGCUGUUUGGGUUCCUCACUUUCAUGUACCCAAGAGCUUCAGGCCAAACAAGGGCCUGGAUCAUUCGGUGGCAUGCCUCCAGCGGCCUCAUAAUCUUCCUCUUGGCCAUCUGCAACAUCCAAUCGGGGUUGUCGGAGCAGUUACUCUUCUUAGGGUUAAUGCGGGAUAAACAAGCCCGUGUGAUGAAUUUCACUGGACUAAUGACCAUCCUCUACGGUAUUGCUGUCGCACUUACAGUACUUCUCCCGCAGUGAGGUUGAUGGAUUUUCAUCGUAGCUGUUUCAUUAUAAUAGAUGGAUUAUCUGGUGUAUGUGUGUAGGUUGAAAAAGUCAUUAUAAUUGAAUUUGUCACUUGUUAAUUUAAUUAACCUUGAUAAUAAUAAUUAGAGUUGUAUUGAAUCGUGUGGAUGGUCGUAAACACUAAUCUGCACCGUCCAUCAAAUCUGGUCAUGGGCCUUCAUGU